AGAGGAGAAGGGGCGUGGCCACGGUGAAAAGGCGGGUUAUUGAAGGUUCACGUCAUCAGCUGGAGCCUCUGCCGCGCAGCCCGCCAACUCGACCGGUCGUCAUGACGGACGCUAACCAGGCCGAACAACAGCAGAAAGAGUGCCCUGAUGUGACUGCAGCAACUCGCACUCUAAUAAAUUUGCUGACUCAAAGCUUAAGUCAGGGACAGGGAGGUCAGGUACAGCAACAAAGACAGACACUGCCCCCUCCUUCUCUUCCUGCUCCUCAACCAUGCAUAGCACAGGAAAUGGCCAGGUCAUUUCCUGGUUUUUUUAAGGGAGCACCACAAAAAAGAAAAUUUGGAAGACCCAUAUUACAGCCUAAAACACCCAAAAAAAACUGGAAACCUUUUCUUAUUAAUGUGUUUCUCCUUAACAAAAACACAGACAGUUCACCAUCACCUUCUGAGGAACUGGAAUUACUCCAGGCUGGAUUGGGCAAGCGCACUAUUUCUGUUGCUGCAGACCUGACACAUUCUGAAUUAUGUGGGUUUCUGGAGGCAGAAUUUCCAAAAAUGAAGGCACUCACUGGAGGAUGGCUGCUGUAUAAGGCUCCAGGAGGCAAUGGAAGACGAAAGCUUGGUGUUGUGCCACCUGACUCGGAGGGCUACACAGCAAGCCUUAUCAGGAUGGUGACGUCCUCUGGAAAAACGGCACUUUACAUAGUUCCUCUACAAGAUGAACUCUCUCUUGAUCCGCUGCCGUUCUGUGCAGAGGAAUUUGAAAAGAUGCCAAAGGCUGAGUGUCGUCAAUGUAAAUCCACCAUGCCACUACAGGUGCUGUAUUUGCAUGUUAAGUCCUGUGGUGGUGCAGUCUCCACAGAUGAUGAAGAGAUGAAUUCUGUGAUCUAUGAUGACGAGGAUGCUACAAUUGUUAGUGAAGGAAACAUUGGUUCAUCAUCCUCCAAAAUAAGAGAGGUAAUACACUUUUACUUUGUUGGGUCUGCUAAUAAGGUUCAUUAAUGAGUGUUGUAUUUUACUUUUCAUUGCAUUGUUUUGUGGCAUGUUUUUAAGCACUGUUGUGCUGUUAUUACCGGCUUAAACUUAAUGCCCAAUCCUCAUGGUCACUAAUGUUCUUGGGUUUGCUGUUAUACCCGCACCUUCAAACCCUUUCAAAAACCUUCUAUUGGGUUUGUCCUGCAACUGGCAUCCACUCUAGGUGUGUGUGUGUGUG